GUGCCUUUGUCUGGACUGUUUGGAAUAAAAGAGCAUGGUGUGAGCCUGAUGUGCAGUAGGGAAAGGCAAGAGCCCUGACACUCCAAUCACUCAGCACAUGGAAGGAAAAACCUGGGACCCCUGACAGACACUCACAUCCCAACUUUGUUAAUAAUUUCUCUCUGGUGGGCGGAACCCAGCAGUCUCUCUCUCUGUAACUCCGAGCACUUUUCUUACUGCUUCUUUUAUUGGUGACUGACCGGCUGGCAUCAAGCAGCAGCAACAGCAAGAGAAGGGAUGAACUGCGGCGCAGGCUGAGGAGGAGACUGGCUUUGUGCUGCACUGAGAGCUGCUGUUACAUAGUUCAGUUGGGGGAGAUGUUGAAGUGAGGGGUACAAGAUCAUCAAGCAGGACAGGCAGGCAGCUUCCUUGAGCUGAGAUGUGCCUACAUACAGACAGCUCUAUGUGGCUCUGCUGGAGAGUAGAAAGAGCUCCAUUCACUGACUAUAGUCUGUAGUACAACAAAGGGGCUCAGCUGGGACUCACCUAAACUUGCAUAUAUUUGGGUGGGGGUGGGGUGAAGGCAUCCCAACCAGAUGGACAGUGCACUGACCCCAGAGCAGCCUAUGGCUUUUAUAGCAUGCUGACCUGCUAUGAGUUCCUGCUGCUGCUGCUGAAUGGAACAGACUGAGUAAAGAUGCUGGGGGUGCUCACUGCCUUCUCUGCCCUGAGUCUCAUGGCUUAUGGAUACCUGUCCUGGGACCACGCCAACUCUGUGCUGGAAGAUCAAAAGGCAGCAGGCAAAGGGUCCCAUGAAGAAUCUCCGCACAGGGAAAUUGGACACCAGCCCCACAUUGUCUUCAUAUUGGCUGAUGACCAGGGCUACAGAGAUAUAGGCUACCACGGAUCCGAAAUCAGAACUCCCACACUGGACAAGUUAGCUUCUGAAGGUGUCAGACUGGAGAACUACUAUGUCCAGCCCAUUUGUUCCCCAUCCAGAAGCCAGUUUAUCACUGGGAAGUAUCAGAUCCACACAGGUCUUCAGCAUUCUAUAAUAAGACCUUCACAGCCUAACUGUUUGCCACUGAACAAUAUGACACUGCCUCAGAAACUCAAGAAGGCUGGCUAUAAGACACAUAUGGUUGGAAAAUGGCAUUUAGGAUUUUAUAAGAAAGAAUGCAUGCCAACUCAGAGGGGAUUUGAUUCUUUCUUUGGUUCACUUCUGGGUAGUGGAGACUACUACAAUCAUUAUAAGUGUGACAGCCCUGGUAUAUGUGGAUAUGACCUUUAUGAGAAUAAUAAUGCCGCUUGGGAUCAGGAUAAUGGUAUUUAUUCAACAGAAAUGUAUACACAAAGAGUCCAGCAAAUUUUAUCCAAGCACAACCCCAACAAUCCUUUAUUCCUUUAUAUUGCUUAUCAAGCAGUUCACUCUCCUCUGCAAGCCCCUGGAAAUUACAUGGAAAAUUAUAACUCAAUAACCAAUGAAAACAGGAGAAGGUAUGCUGCCAUGCUGUCAUGUUUAGAUGAUGCCGUUAAUAAUGUAACAACUGCUUUGAAAAAAUAUGGUUUUUAUGACAACAGUGUUAUAAUUUAUUCAUCAGACAAUGGUGGCCAGCCAAUGGCUGGAGGCAACAACUGGCCACUACGUGGGAGUAAGGGGACAUACUGGGAGGGGGGAAUACGGGCUGUUGGAUUUGUACAUAGCCCCAUUUUGAAAAUGAAAGGUUUUAUUUGUAAAGAGCUUGUUCAUAUAACAGACUGGUUUCCAACAUUAGUCACUUUGGCAGGUGGGGAAAUUGAUGAGGAAACACAAUUAGAUGGCUAUGAUAUUUGGGAGACUAUAAGUGAAGGAAAACAUUCCCCAAGACUAGAAAUUCUGCACAAUAUCGACCCCAUGUAUACUAAAGCAAGAAAUGGCUCUUGGGCUGCAGGUUAUGGUAUUUGGAACACUGCAAUUCAAUCAGCAAUAAGAGUAAACCAUUGGAAAUUGCUAACAGGAAAUCCUGGUUCUGGAGAUUGGAUUCCUCCCCAAAGCUUUAGCAAUGUAGGAACCAACCGCUGGAACAAUGAAAGAGUGACUCUAGCAAGCGGGAAAACUGUAUGGCUUUUUAACAUAACAGCUGAUCCAUAUGAAAGAAUAGAUCUAUCUGAGAGGUACCCUGAUAUUGUAAAGCAGCUGUUAAGAAGACUUGCACAGUUUAAUAAAACUGCAGUACCAGUGCGGUACCCACCUAGAGAUCCAAAAAGCAACCCUAAACUUAAUGGAGGUGUAUGGGGUCCAUGGUACAAAGACAACACAAAACAAAAGAAUAAUAAUGCAAAAAAAUCUAAGAAGACAAAGAAAAAACGAAAUCAUAGGAAACAACAAUAUUCUGGUUGCCAACCCGUUUCAGUGAUUUCAUAGAUCCAGUGAAAAGUAAAAAUAAAAUGGUGCUAGCAGAAAAAUAUUUCUGCCCAUAAAAAACAUAUCAAAUGAAAGUGAAAUUAUAUUUUUUUCUAUAAUUAAUUUUUUUAAAUAAUAAUAUUAGAAAUCAUGGGUCAGAGAAGAAUGGCAAGCAUCAUACUUCAGAAUAUCAGCCUUAACAAAUAAUCAAGUAUAAUUGAUGUAGUAGUGCUACACUGUACUCAGGAACCGCAUUUCACUUAUGCCCCUUAAAGGAGUUGUUCACCUUCAAAACACUUUUUUUUUCAGUUCUGUUGUUUUCAGAAAGUUUAUCAGAAAUCUUUUGAAUCAAAAUAUACAAUGUUGAAUUACAGAAAAAUGCUUUCCAGUGUACUCGGCAAGUUGAAAGCCAUUUUAUAAAGCACUGCGUAUCUUGACAGCGCUAUAUAAAUAAAUGAUGAUGAUAAAUGAUGAUUUUAUCCAUCGGGUCAGUAUUAGCUAUAAAUAGUGAUGGGCGAAUUUGCCGGAAAAUUCGUAAAUUUUCUGCAAAAUUCAUGAAACGGAAAAUUUGCGAAACGGACGCCGGCAUCCAUUUUUUUUUUACUCCGCCCGAGAAUCUCGGGAAUUCGCUGCAAAUUCACGUCUGGCGAAUAAAUUCGUCCAUCACUACCUAUAAAGAGGUUUUGUAGUAAUGAGGCACCAGACCACUAACCCAUAGCAAAAAUCAUAUGUUUGCUUUGACCUGUUUUGUGUAAAAUUAAAGCAUAUUUUGAUAGAUUUUUUUGGGUUCCUGGAAUAGGAUCAUAUUUCCCUUGUUAUUGUCUAUAAGAAUAUAAGAAUUAUUGUUGGUUGUUAAGUCUAUGUAUUAAUGAUGCACAUACAUACAGUAUUGGCACAUUAGGAAUUGUUUUAUAGGCAUGGAAUCCGUUAUCCAGAAACACUCAAUCAAUUAUGGGAAGUUCAUCUCCCAUAGACUCCCAUUUUAAAAAAUAAUUCAACAUUUUAGAAAUGAUUUCCUUUUGCUCCUUAAUAAUAAAACAGUAUAUUGUACUUGAUCCUAACUAAGAUAUAUCUAGCCCUUAUUGGUGGCAAAACAAUCUUAUUGUUUUUAUUUAAAGUUUAAAUUAUAUUUUAGUAGUAAUAGCAUAUGGAGAUCCAAGUUACUGAAAUAUAAUCAAAUUCAAAUUGAGUUUUCCUCUGAAAAAAAACUUGAGUGUUAGGAAGGCAAUUAACGUCUUCAAAUGGUUCAACUGACCUCUGCCAUUGACUUGUAAAUUAGCUCAGCCAUUUGAACCUUAAUAAAUUUGCCCUAACAUGUCAAAAAUGAUGUGGAAUUAUUGUACAAUGAUGCUCCAAAUACAGCAGAUUGGAAAUAUAAAUUGAAUUUGUUAAAUGAAAUGCAAUGAUAAAUGUACAUACUGAAUUCCUCAGUACAUGUUUCGUCUCUAUAUCAUGUUUUUUAUGUUUCAACUUCAAAGCCAAAGGAAUCAAGUGUUGAUGAUGUUAAAUGAGACAAAUAAUAAUGUUAUUAUAAUGUUAUUAUAAUAAUGUCACAAUUU